AUGUCGAAAAUCGUCAUCGAGUGCGUAGGGGGCGCUUAUCUCCAAAUGGAACUUCUCAGUCGUACUAUUGCUCCUUACAAUUUAGGAACCUAUAGAAUAGUUCCAGUGAUUGGCGGAAGAGGUGCCUAUCAGUUUCUUAGUGUGUUUAUACGGUAUGAUGUCGAUUCGCUGUGGGACCGCAGCCCUGGUGGACGUCAGGCUUGGUUACGGCGUUACUUAGCGAUUCUUUUAGUCCUGGAAAUCAGAAUUGGUUUGACUCCAGAUAAGUUUGUGUGCGAUGACUACACGCGAACUCAGCUCUUCCUGCUACUAUUCGAUAUGAAAAAGUAUAUCGCAUGGAAGAAACACGAACUCGAUAGUCCGGCGCUGGCGUGCCCGGCCCCCCUUGUAGCGCUCGCGCCUCCUGGCGCAACUGACUGGCCAGCACUGGCCUCACCGCCCUCCAACACAAUCCCGGCAGGGAACACGGGGCUUGCAUUUGUUGGUCCAUCCGCAUUUUCCGUCGUGCCACCAGCACCGACAUCAAUCCCAGCGGUCGCACCUCGUCCGACCACAACUCCCGUCUUACCUCUUUACCCGGGCUUGAUGUGCUUACCCGCAUUACUCGACAAACUCAGUGGUUCACAGGGGAUCCUGCGUUCUCACAUGAGUACUACACCUUUCAAACCUAUUCCAAACAACGAGAAGGUGGAUCUAGCGAGAUUUCGAGUUAAAGAUCCAGUGGAAUGGUUAGUGGAUGACGUAGUGUCAUGGAUGCUGGACGUUGCAAAGCGACAUGGCAUUCCCUUUGAGGAGAUGAAUAUGCACAGGUUUGCGAAUCUCACCGGUCAACAAAUGAUCGGCAUGACCGAGCAGAAUUUUAUAGAGCGAGAUCCCAUUUGGGGACCUCUUAUCUACAACGAGUUCCGCAAAAACCUCGCUGAAGAUACCUCAGUGAUUGAUGAGAUUAUGAAGAAAUAUAGUGCAGACGAGGAAGCGGUAACCGCUGUCGGUGGAGGUCCAUCGACAUCGUUUGAGAUUCCAAAAACGCAUAUCACAGCACCGAGUGGAUCGCCAAUCGUCCCACAAUUUCACACUCUUACACAAACGUUGAAUCAAACACUCAAUCAAACGUUGAAUCAAAGCAUCCAGUUGAACACAAAUCUGGCGCAGAAUUUGCAGCAGACACUGAAUCAGUCGUUAGCGACAAGUCUUGCGGCUGGGUUGUCCACGGGUCUUAGUCCGAUAAAUUUGGGACUUGUACACAAUGGACUCAGCCCAAGCUCUCCUUUGCUUGGAGCGCAAAUGCAGCAGAAAAUCUCACCGCUACCGAGUGAGAUCACAUCUUUCAACCCCGCUAGCACCGCUACAGCUUGCUCUGACUACGAAGGAUCUGAAGAGUGCGCCAACGCCGCCGACUCAAAGCUGAAAAAGAACAAGGACGGUAAACCCAGGAAACGUUCCCAACACACGAAGGGUAACAAAUUAUGGGAAUUCAUUCGCGAUGCUCUGAAAGAUCCGCUCACAUGCCCGUCGGUUGUUCGGUGGGAAGAUCCAAUCGAGGGAGUGUUUCGGAUAGUGGAAUCCGAAAAGCUGGCUCGACUAUGGGGAGAGCGUAAGAACAACACAAAGAUGACCUAUGAGAAGUUGAGCAGAGCCAUGAGAACCUACUACGAGAAACAAAUACUCGUUCCCGUGCCAAAGACUGGUCUUUAUCCCAAGAAACUCGUAACUUCUAUAGGGUACUACUAUAACACGAAAAUCCUGCUGCCGGUGAGCGGUCGACGUCUCGUCUACAAGUUCGGUCCAUCGGCACGCGGAUGGUCUUCGCACGAACCGAUUCUCUUCCCCGGUUACGGUAGCAAUGUCGCCUACAGCAGCGACGAAGAGGAGGUGGCUAGUGGCGAGAACCUAACAGGCUAUACCUCUUUCGAUGUAGAGUAUCCCAUCAAGUACCGAGAACUUCCGGUUUAGACACUCUGAUCUCAUGUACGUGCGAUGAUUUGUAGUCGUCUGUGACGCAUCGCACGUACAGCUACAUUCGAUUCGUAGAUUCUACCUAUUAGGCUUGAUUCUUUAAUGUUUUCUGAUGACAUUGUUCUUUGGAUGUUUUGUUCUUUGUUGUGCAAUACUGUCGUUAACAGGGUGUUGUUGAGCAACUGCGGAUAUAGCACGAUUCUAAUUAUCUUCCUUUUCAUAUUUGUUCAAACAUUUACGCAGAGUCCAGAGUUGCUCACUCAAAGGCACCAUUGAGAUUUGAGUAGCUUUAAGAUCACAUUUCUGUCAUUGUUCCACACCUGUUUUGCACUAGCGGUGCCGUUUUCGCACAUUUCAAAUCAUUGUUAUGUUCUAUUACCACAAUUUUAUCAAAGAUAAGGGCAACUACUGUAAAUUUUUGAAUCUGUCAUUCCAGUAGGGUUCCUGAUUCUAAAGAAAAUCUAUUUAGUUUUUUAUAGCUACGUAGUUGGCUUUGUCAACCACUUGUUCGGGUUCCCUUGUAUAAAGUUUUUCUUCAAGAAACAACGCAAAUGUUAUGCUAAAUAUCAAGUGAAUAAAGAUUGACUCUUCUGAA